AUGACUCCGGCGUCGCCGACCAAGGGCAAUGAUAUCAAAGUCGCCAGAAAGCAGGUCGCCAAAGAGCACCCGGGAUUCUUUCCGAAGGGGUCUACCCCCCCUACGACCCCCGACGUCGAGUUCGACGAAGAUGAUUUCGAUUUCAAUGGGGGGUUCCACGACUUUUCCCAUGGCGCGUCUACCUCUGGAAACAGGGGCCGCGACCAGCAGCCCAAGGCUUUGGGUACCAAGUCCAAGGCCGCAACCUCUGCGAACCUAAACUUGAUGCCCAACGCGAAGAACAGCAAGGCAUGA